AUGUCCCGACGUAGCGCCCGAAUAUCGAGCGUCUCGCAAGCCUCCAGCGCAUUCCAGAGCUCCAACGCCGCCGACACUGAUGAUGCCGCGCCGCCCUUCUUCAACACCACCUUCUCCACGCAUUCCGUGUCGCCGCUCUACGUUGGGCCCGGCGGCCUGACCCCGGUUCGCCUCGAGCUCCUCGGCCGCCGCCUGCGCGAUGUCCUGGUCGGGGACGUGGUGCGCGGGAUCCAGAUCGGGCUGGAAUCGUCUCUGACGCCCGGCGGCCAGGUCGGGCCUCUGCGGUCGGUCAAGCUGCGGUGGUUCGAUGCCAGGGCAGUCCUGGGGAGCGCGACCGACUUCCAGGGAGAGGGAGGUACGUGGGAGGAGCUGUCGGACGAGGAGAAGCGAGGGCUGUGGAUCCAGAUACGGCAUGAGAAUGCGGCCUACGUUGCGAUCCUGAUGCCGGGAUCGGCUGGGCAAGGGGAGCUGGGCAGGUCUUCUUGGGAGAUGUACCCGGGUCAGGAGCAGACGGGCAAGAAGCUCGACAAUGACAGCUUUCUCCGGCUGCCUUUGUUGUUGCUGCGCAUGCCUGCUGCUUUGAAGAACGUGAUCGGCGAGUGGCUGGCGACGACGUUUGACUGUCGGGUGAGCAGGCUUGCUCUGGGGACUAGGACGAUCACGGCAGUGUGGGAGGAUUGGAUCCAGACGGUUGGGCUCUCACCACGAGGUCCGGACUUUGUCAUAACGUUGGGCUUCAAUGCACCUCUCCCAGACCCGGAUCAGAGCGACGAAGAGGACGGAGGCAAGAAAACAUCAACGCAAUCAGGGCUCAGAACGAUGGAUAUUAUGAUUCAACCGAAAGAUCUACAAAGACUUGUCCGUGUGGGGAAAACACUCGAGAAGAAGAAGACAGACGCAGCAUGGGAGACGGACCCUCGUGAACGCCGGCGGCUCGCAGGACCCAACAACGACAACGGGUGGGCUUGGAGGUUCGAGGAGGGGGCCCAGAGCCAGCCCUUUCUUGAGGCGUUGGCCACCUACAUCGACCAUCACCUGGCCCUCGACAUGUUCCACCCUUCUGUCCGAGUAGAGCAGAUAUCAUGCGGCGGGUUCGUGCUGGGCCAGAGCCGGCUCAAGGUCGUCCAGCAGGGCGAGUUGACCGAGAAGUUAUCCCAGGCAGCCUGGCUAUUCGUCACCAGGCUCGGGAAUCGCGUCCGCGGCGACCAUACGCCCAUGCUCUUCGGUUGA